AUGGACGUGUCUGGCCACAGUCUCCUCCUGCAGCAGCUGAACGUCCAAAGGGAGUUUGGCUUUUUGUGUGACUGCACUGUUGCCAUUGGCAACGUAUACUUCAAGGCUCAUCGUGCAGUCCUCGCCGCCUUCUCAAACUACUUCAAAAUGAUCUUUAUCCACCAGUCCAGUGAGUGCAUCAAGAUCCAGCCCACAGAUAUUCAACCAGAUGUCUUCAGCUACCUGCUACACAUCAUGUACACAGGUAUGGGUCCUAAACAACCUGUAGACCAGGGCAGACUUCAGGAAGGAAUCAAGUUCCUCCACGCAUACCAGCUCUGCCGUAAAGCAGGCGAGGGUGGUCCUGAUGCAUCCUCUGAUGCCAUCCGUAUGUCCAAUCUGUAUGGCAUCCAGAUCUCUUCUCAGCUGGCCAACAAAGACAACUCAGGCCUGAAGGCUGGUGGCUCACGGGACCCUGAGGAUGGGCGUUCUAGCACACGGGCUGAUCGCACACAUGGCCGUUUAGCGCUCGCUGUAGGGCUGGAGGGCUUGCAUCUGAGCAACCAGCCUCAAAGCUUUCAUGCCGCGUCUUCGGUGGCCUCGGGGGAUGACUCUGACAUUUCGGCACGGAUCAAACAGGAACGGGUAGAAGAGGAAGAACAACAGGAAGGAGACAAGGAGUCUUCAGCUCUUUCCCCAGCCCAGGUAAGCCCCUGUCAAGCGGGUCUAUUCAGAGAUGGCCCUCUGGCACUUUUGUGCCCUCGAUGUGGGGAACGCUGUCUGUCACCUGAAGGCCUACAAGAGCACCUUUUUACCCACGCAGCCUGUGCCCUCGAGUCUAGCACACUGAUGGAAGGCCCGUCAGAGGACAAAAGCGGGGAACACACAUCCCUGGAGGAAAGACGGCCACUUAAGGAGCCUAUAGACUCUGGAAGUCUGGAGGAGGCUCUACGGCAGAGUCAAGCCCUGGCUGAUGAGCUGGCUGUGGAACUCAGGCGAGGUGGUGGGACUGGAAGAAGCGCUAGCCCACUGGCAGCCUUCACCAGAAAGCGAAAGAUGGCAUGUGCUGUCUGCAACCUCCGUUUCUCACAGAAAAGCCAGCUGCAGGAGCACAUGUUUGCCCAUGUGGGCAAGCCUCUGCGAUACCAUCGCUACAGCCGUUUCUGCGGGCAGCUGCUUCACGGCUGUGAGGGCCAGCCAGAUAUUACCACAGCCACGGGAGAGGAGGCAGCCAAGGACACUCAGGAUAACGGCAGCUCCUGCUACUCUCUGGACUCUGAAAUCUCUCAGGAGAGCGUAGAUGCAGUGACUGUGGAAUGACAGUGUUUGACAUAUGCAAACACACAAGGUCUGAUGAAGGAAUAUUCUGGGUUCAGUACAAAAUAAGCUCAGUGACAGCAUUAGUGGCAUAAUGUUUUUUCCCCACAAAUAUAUAUUUCACUGGUACACUGAAAAAAAUUAUUCAAAGAUGAUUCCUUGGAUUUACUCAUUAUUUUUAAGUUAAGUAGUUGUAAACAAUUUAUU